UCUUCUUCAUCUACUUUUCUCCCAGAAUUACACGCAGAAAAAGAGAGAGAAGGUCUUCUAAGUUAUUAUAGCUUCUAGGUCAAGAUCGAUCAGCUAGAUACCUAGGGUUUUUUCUGUUCAUUCAGUACUGUUCAUCAUAUCUAUAACUUUGAUUAACUUCGUAGGUAUUGCAGAGAUCAACCAAGGUUUUCUUUUUCUUUCUCCUGAUGAUGAUGAUAUAGUAGACCAAUCAUCGUGUUAAGAUCUUCAAUCCCUAUCUGCUUAUUCUUUUAAUUAGUCUUGAAGGUUUAAUUCUAUUAUUGAAAAUGGAAUUCGAUCUGAGAAAAGCAUAGCAGGAAUUAAUAAGUUUCUGGUUGAAGUUAGAGAUCAUGGAAGGAAGAAACGAAGGCUCGGAAUGCUCUAAAACAAGCCCUUCUGUUUAUAAUUGCAACGAAUUGGAAGAAGCGUGGGAGACCAAGAGCAAGACCGAAGAAGAAGAAGGAGAAGAAGAAGAAGAAGAAGGUAAGAAAAAUAUGAACAACAAUGGAGGAAGCUCAAGCAAUAGCACGGUCGAAGAGACAGAGAAGAAGCCAUCAGUGAGGCCUUAUGUGAGAUCCAAGAUGCCAAGACUUCGAUGGACUCCUGAUCUUCAUCUUCGCUUUGUUCAUGCCGUUCAAAGGCUUGGGGGAGAGGAGAGAGCAACACCCAAGCUGGUUCUCCAAUUAAUGAACAUCAAAGGCUUGAGUAUUGCGCAUGUUAAGAGCCACUUACAGAUGUAUAGGAGCAAGAAGGUAGACGAUCCAAGCCAAGUAUUGGCUGAUCAUAGACACCUUGUAGAAAGUGGGGACAGAAAUAUCUACAACCUCAGCCAAAUUCCCAUGCUUCAAGGUUAUAAUCCCUGGCAAACUUCAACCUUGAGAUAUGGAUGUGGGGAUGCUUUCUUGGGUGUGUAUGACAAAAUGGUUCACAGCCCGUUCACGGGUCGGAGUCUGAUAGAUCAUGAAUCCAGGUCGUCUGGGUUUCACAGCAUUUUCCAGGCGGACCCUUCAAAUUUAUCAUCAUCAUCGUUAUCAACAAAUAAAAUCUAUGAGCCAAAAGAAAAUCAAGUUCUCUCAUUUGGUGAUGGCCAUGAACACAUCUACAAUCGAACCAGUUUGAGCCAGCAGAAUAUCACUGAUCUUAACUCCGCGAACCAUAUGGGACCGACAAGAGCAGGAGAACAGCUUCUUCUUCCAAUGAUGAAGGAUCAGGAUCAAACAAAGACGCUGAAACGAAAGGCUUAUCGUGAGCAUAUGGAUCAUCCCCUUGAUUUGGAUCUAUCGCUGAAGUUAAAUUCCAGGGUUGAUGUUGAUAGUGCAAAGAAGAAUCAUCAAGCAAGGAAUCAUUUGGAAGAGAACGAUGAAAUUGAUCAUAGCAAUCUCUCACUGUCUUUGUACUCUCAAAUUUCAUGGUCCGACGAAGGAGAACACUGUAACAAGGAGAAAGCAAGGAGGGAAAUGGCCAGUACUCUGGAUCUGACUAUAUGAAUAAGACAAAUUCUAAGUGAGAUCUUGAAGUACUCGUCCAAAAUAACUCAUUACUAAUUCUCACAACUUCCUAAUUAAUAUUCAUGUGUGUGUAUCGUAUAA